AUGGCCGAGCCGAGUUUUAUAAUUAUGUUUUCAAUGUAUUUAGGUGCAGGACUUGACCUAUACUGGACUAAUUACCAUGAUGGAUCUUGUGGGUUUGGUGCGUAUGGAAAGACCGUCAACAAUGGUGAAGUCACUUCUGUCUCUAAGCUUUACCAAAAUGGAAGUGGUUGUGGAGCUUGCUAUCAGGUGAAGUGCAAAAUCCCAGCACAUUGCAGUGAGGAGGGAGUGAAGGUCGUGGUAACGAAUUAUCGCGCGGGAGGCAGAACAGACUUCAUAAUGAGCAAACGUGGCUUUGAAAAAUUGGCUCAUCCGGACAUGGGUGCAGAACUAUUUGCAUAUGGUGUAGUUGACGUUGAAUACAGAAGAGUUCAUUGUGAUUAUGGUCGUGACCUUGAGCUAAGUAUCCAUGAGAGUAGCAAUUACCCUUCCUACUUGGCCAUGGUUCCUUUAUUCAGUGAGGGAAUUUCUGAUAUCACUGGUAUAGACAUCGGGCUGGUGAAUAGCGGGGAAUGGAGGCCAAUGCGCCGGGCGUUUGGAACUGUAUUCGACAUUGUAAAUCCACCCAUGGGAUCUCUUCGCGCUAGAGUUCACUAUGCCAACCAGAAUCAAGUCAAGACAUCACAGUUAACCUUUGCCAUCCCUAGUGAUUGGAAGGCUGGAGUUGAAUAUGACACUGAAUCUCAACAUAAUUAA